AUGCAGCGGUCUCCCCAGCUCGCGCUGCUGGAGCUGGAGGUGCUGGAGCUGGAGGCACUGGAGCUGGAGGCGCUGGAGCUGGAGGUAUUGGCACUGGAGGUGCUGGAGCUGGAGGUCCUGACGCUGGGGGCUCUGGAGCUGGAGGCACUGGAGCUGGAGGCAUUGACGCUGGAGCUAUUGGAGCUGGAGGUGCUGGCGCUGGAGACGCUGGAGCUGGAGGCCCUGUGCAGCAGCGUGAGCCCCUCUCACCACAGCAGCUGCGCGAGUGGCUUGCCCGGCGCACCCGCCUUCAAAGUCGCGCAGGAGCUGGAGGCACUGGAGCUGGAGGUGCUGGAGCUGGAGGCACUGGAGCUGGAGGCGCUGGAGCUGGAGGUGCUGGAGCUGGAGGUCCUGGCGCUGGAGGCGCUGGAGCUAGAGGCACUGGAGCUGGAGGUGCUGGAGCUGGAGGCACUGGAGCUGGAGGCGCUGGAGCUGGAGGUCCUCACGUUGGAGGUGCCGGAGCUGGAGGCACUGGAGCUGGAGGCACUGGCGCUGGAGCUAUUGGAGCUGGAGGUGCUUGCGCUGGAGGCGCUGGAGCUGGAGGUUCUGUGCAGCAGCGACAGUUUUUCUUGCCGCCGCCGCAGCUGUCCGAGCUUCCGCCUGAAUCGGUGCUCCGUCAGGUUCUUAGUUGUCCUUCGUCCACUGCCCUUCACCCGGACUCGCCGCUGCCUGCCCCGUCCCGUUACACUGAGCAGCCGGUCUCCCUUACAGAGCGUCGUAAGUUUGUGUCCCGUCCUGCCUCCCCUGUGCGCCGUGCUCGUCGUGUCCCGCGUCCGCGUCCUCCUCCUGUGCCAGGUAUUGACACUAUGGCACUUCGUUCUUCCUCUGUUCCACUGCGCAUCCCUCUGCCGGUCUCCUCCUGCGCCCUCUCUUCCUGACGUUCCGGACCCUAAGUCUGACCGUGUUCGUGCUGCCAGCCCUACUGUCACCCGUCUCCUGGCUACUGUUGUCACUGACCCGUCGUUUGAGUCUACUGCUGCGUCUGCCUUAGUUGCUGAGCUUGUGGACUUUGCUGCUGUGUGUCGUCUAGACUACGCCGCCAGUCUUGUUGCUGAGUCUGAGUCUGUCUGUCCUCCGUCCGUCGGAGGUGAGUGUGCUCUUAGCACGGACGUCCUUGAGGACAGGCAGGAGGACCUUGAUACAAGGAUACAAGGAAUAUGA